AUGGCGUCCAACACGCCCUCGGUCACCCACGAGCUCCUCGCCCGCGCCCACAGCCCCGACAGCGUCUCGCGCAUCUACAGCGACAAGAUCCAGCACCGUCCCCUGUUCCUUCGCCCCAACUCGCCGCCUCCCUCUGCCAACGCCCGCGCAGCACGCCGCAAGGCCCGCGACGACAAGAAGAAGCGUGCCAACGCCCUCAAGCCCAAGCCGCUCUCUGCCCGCCAGCGUCGCAGCCUCGGCCUCUACGACGUGCCCAGGCAGGGCCAGCGCUACGAAAUCUUCGUUCCGCUGAACCGCCUCUGGCUCGGUUACGUCCGCGAGAUCCUCGGCAACGAGCUGUACACUGGAGGCCAGGGCGCCGCCGCCAAACUCACAGCCGCAGACUACCACGGCGCCGAGAUCGAGGUUUCCAGGAGUCGGUGUCCGAGCAGGGUGGGCAUCCGAGGCAUCGUGAUCAAGGACUCACGGUUCACCUUCGAGGUCAUCACGCCCAAGAACAAGGUCAAGCUUGUGCCCAAGGAGGGGACUACCUUCCGAAUCAUGGUUCCCCCGACCGAGACACAAGAGGCGCCACAUGAGUCUGAGGCUGCUUCGACAGAGGAGCGCGACGCAAAGGCAUUCACGUUCGAAGUUCUUGGCGACCAGUUCCAGUACCGGCCGGCUGACAGGGCCAACAAGAAAUUCAGAGUUCAUUAUCUGAAGUUGCUCUGA